UGGAAUGAUUUUCUUAAGGUUAUGCUUUUCAUAAUUACAAUUGAUUAAUUUGUAAAAUUAUUUGUAUAAUUUUUAUUGAAUAUGACUGCUUCUUUUAAUGAUGUGCAAGAUAUAAUUAUGACUUUAACUUAGUCAAGCAGCCAAGAAGCUAUUUGAUUAAUGUAAAACUACAGACAUUUGUUUUAAAUGUCACAUAAUAGUUAAUAAAUCAUAUUUAAUAGAUAAUAACAAUGUGUUUAAUAACUCUAAUGACUGAAAAAUAGCCACAUCUUUUGUGAAGGGUUUCAGUAAAUCAAAAUUUCUAAAAUAAACAAGCAAACUAACAGUAAGAGAUAUUUAAAACUUUUAGACUUUAUUGAUGCUAUUAAUCUUGCCAUUUUACGCAAUAGCCUAAAUAAAAACAGAUAAGAGUUGGGAGCUGUACUAAAGGACUUUAUGAUAGCAGCUGUAGUAAUCAUCUCAACAUGACACUUUAUGUGCUGUUUAAUCAACCUUUUUUCUUCAAAGAUUUAAGACAUUAAGCACUAUUAAAACUUUUAGGGUCCCCCUUUGGCACAUUUUACUCGUUUUGAAGUGUUUGGAGACGCACUCGUGAUGUUGACACGCCAGAGUGUCUUUAACUUUAAUCGAAAUGCCACGAGCGUGAAAGUCAUCAGGCUGUCACGGAUCUGCGCGUGGCCAUGACCGGCAUGAUAAAGAACCGGACGCUAUUUCGGCGAGGAAAACGGCUAAUGGGCGAAAGAUGAGGAGAAAAACAAUAGCGAAGCGCAUACUGUACAAUGGAUACGAGAGAUACGAAGAGACAGCCGAGGAAAUGGGCGCGAGGGCGAACCACGUCUUCAGUCAAGAACCGGCGAAGAGGAGAAAAUGGAGAGGACUAAAUGGAGAGGACAUCUCACCUUGCAAUGUUGACUACAUCAAGUUCAAAACAAAGGCUUUUGAGGUGGAUAAAGCCCUUGGAGAUGCAGCUAGGGAUACAGACUUUACUAUGGAGGUACUCGGAAGCCUCCAAUCACGUUCAAGGGCGGAGCUAAUUGCCAUGGUGUUGAGUAUGCAGAGAGAGAUGGACGGCCUCCGAGAGCAGAUCAGGAGCCUCACAGCUUGUGGGAAGUUGGCUCAGACACUUGAAGAGUUGAUCGAGAGGAGUGAUAGAUGGCUGUGCUGCUGCCACAAAGCUGCAACUCCCAGCAUUCCUAGGGAGCAGGAGAGAAGCAGGCCACCCAGUCACAUCUCUCCUCCAGCAGAGCUCAGUGGAACAACAGCUGAAUGUGCAAGUUCAGAGCAGCAGGGGUGUGGUCAGUAUGAGGUCACACAAACAAUGCCGCAGAGGAAUGGAGCGCCUCUGGAACAAAAAGUUAUCACUGCUGAUCUCCUAGAGCGCUGCAACACAGGGACCACCGCUCAAAAACUAACCAAUGACCUGCUGCGUAGCCUUUAUGACAGAGACUGUCUGGCUUCUCACUCAAUCUCAGGCAUCGUUAACAGCAAACGAGGGAUGCCGAAGCCAGCUCUUCCUGCCCAUGAGAUCCAGGCCAUUUUAAGGACAGUGCAGCAGUUCUUUCCCGGAAAGACAGAUUCGGAAAUAAAGGGCUACAUUCGACAGAAGCUUCAGAAUGAGGCCAAGAGGCUUCGGAAAAGGCCACACCCAGCUGAUGAAUUAUUGGUGGGAUCUCCGGAGGAGGCGGGAGCAAUGUAUGAGCAUUGAAAGUUGGCAUUUUCAAUGAACUUGAAGAAUUCACAAAUAAGCAUCACAAAAUUCUAUUAGUAACUUUAAAGGGAUAGUUUUGUCACAUUUGUUCUGUCAUCAUUUUCUCAGUUUUUAGACUUGCUUGUGUGUAGGUUUGAAAUGAUAUGAAAGUGAGUAAAUCAUGACAGAACUAUUACUUUAAAUAAGAGUGCACAGUUAACCGAAAUAACCCAGAAAAUGCAAAGAGCAGUACAGACAAAAUAGAGUAACGAGCUUUACUGUGGUUAUUUACAUGUGAGAAGUGUAAAUCCAGUGUUUGUCAGUGUCUUACAGCAACAUGGCUCGCAGAAAAUUAUAAGCUAUGAUGUUACUUAUUUUAUGUGCAUAUCACCAAAUAUUUUGACAAAACAAUAAGUGCUUAAAAAGGAAGCCUCAAGAUCUUUUAGCAUUGAAUUAAUAUGGUAUUUAAAUGUCUUUUAAUUAAUUCAUUUAUUUAUCACAAAUUCAUAAUUUUACAUUUGCAAUCGUAUAUUUUGUACAAUUAAAUACUACAAUAGAAACUAUUUUCUUAUUUUAAGGUUUUUAUUAAUUAGUAGUAAUAAUAAACCUAUGAUUAAUUCAAAUUAUUUCACAUAUAGGGUGACGUGGUGGCACAGUGGGUAGCUCUGUCGCCUCACAGCAAGAAGCUCACUGGUUCAAGCCUCGGCUGGAUCAGUU